UCGUGGAAUCCUGUAUAGCCAUGCUGCCAGCGGUAGCCUUCAUUACAGUCUUCCUGUGGGGGGAGGUGAUCUCCGACACCACAGUCACCAUCCACAAUGAGUGGCUCUCCCAGGGUGGACGAGUCCAUUAUGAGGUCGACAGAUGGGACAAAUUCAAUGGUCUUGCAUACACCAAUCUGAUCUCUAAAUGCAAAAGUAUUGGUGCCUAUUCCGGACGCUGGAUGAACAGAGACUUGAAUGGCCAUCUAUUCGGGAACUGGAACCAAAAUCCAAGUCACCAUGGUUACCCAGACCCCCACUACCUACAAAGCUCCAGUCUACAAAGGAGCACCUAUAACUUUACAUGGAUCAAAGACGUGGUUUUGGAAGCGGAGUAA